AUGUCGGAGCCUCGUUCGAAAUCCCCACAAGAUGGUGAGCGCGGUGGGUCUUCGACAGUGCACGACGACAAGCCGCGCUUAACCGAAGAGGAAAAGAAGCAAAACCACAUCGCGUCAGAACAAAAGCGUAGAGAGGCUAUCAGAGCCGGCUUUGAUCGACUUUGCGAGCUCGUACCCGGCUUGCAAGGUCACGGACGCUCUGAGGGGUAUGUCUUGAAGGAGACAGUCAAGUUCAUGAGAGAACAGCUAGCUAGACGCCGUGAGCUAGUAGAAGCAGCAGAGGCGCAAGGGGUUACCGUCCCAGAGCGUCUAAAAGAUCCUUGCUCCAGACCGGUCAAGAUUCUUGAAAGAUUGGAAGCUCGGCAGAAAGAACAGCAGGAAAAAACGCGACGGGAAGGACAUGAAAAAGGCCAUGAUCCAGAUGACUCUGAGAGUUAA